CACCCGACUUUCUGGAACAAGCUCGACUAGUCUGAUGACUAGAAUAGUAGUAAUCGUCUGGUAAGCAAGUCGAGUUUUCGCAACUUGAAUUUAGAGCCUACGCGUCAUUGAGUCGGCGCACUUGCGAGCUGACUGAUCGACAUAGCGAGUUCGUGAAAAAACUCGAUCAAUACUACGAGCAGGCUCGCCUCACGUGGCGGGUUCGCUUCAAACGGCGGGUUCGCCUCCUCACAUGGCCAUUUCGUUACACAGGACCUCGUCGCGUCACAAUAGCAGGGUCCCUCAAUCAUCAAGCGCCAGCAAUCUCGUUGUCUCACGAUUGAUCCCUUCUAGAACGCGCUUCUCGCGCUCCUCACGCUUCUCACGCUUCCCUAUCGACAAUAUGGUGCCGAAGAAACUAUUUACCGGACCAGAAAACCAUAGCCUCCCUAUUCUUCGCCUUAGCUGUGAUGACUUUGUUGGGUCCUGUAGCGACGCUCGCGAGUGGGCCUUCGGUCGGCGAACGGUUGCUGUUACCACAUGAUAAGUCGCGCGUGAUUUCGCAGGAAAUGCAGAUCCUCCUCGCGACCGGGACGAACCAAGGCUUCUUGCAGGCGGCGGAAACCAUCGGCGGAAAGAACCCGGGAAUGGGGGGAAAGCCAGGCAAGGGCAAGACGAAAGGGAACGGGUCAGGCAAAGGCAACACCAAGGGCGCAGGGAGCAAGGGCGUAGGGCGUGAGAGCGCUGGCGGCAAAGGCGGAAAAGGGAUGGCUGGCGGAGUGGAUACCUUGCGCGGCAUUCUCAAGGGUGGCGGAAAGGGGAAGGGCAAGGGCGGGGGGAACGGAGGGCGGAGCGGCAAGGGGAAGAAGGGCGCGUGGGGGACGGCGCUGCGCAGUCUGCCGAUUUGGAAUGCCGCCAAGUUCCAGCUCAAAGCACGCCGAGCGCUCGCGGGGCUGAAGAAAGCGAUGGCGCAGGCGGGAACGGCGCGCGGGCACGCGCUGGGUCUCGUGCGUAAGUGGAUGGCGGAAGACGCGCGCGCGGGCGCGCGAAAUGUGUGGACGCAAGCGGCUCGCGAUUGCGUGCAUCAGAUGUCGCUCUCGCAGCUCAGCAUGGAUCGCGCCUCGGAGAUUCUCCAGGCAGGCGACGCGGACGCGUCGGACGCGGUCUUUAAACUGUCGGGGGCAGCCACGCUGGCGGACAACUGCCAGGGCGCUUUCGACUUCCUCAGGAGGACGGAGGGCAGCAGCGGACGUUACGACAUGACGGCGCAAGUGCGGCGGCCGAUCAUUGGCGGAUUUCUCCGUUAAGGGUAGGGAUGAGGCGGGCCUGAGGAGGGGAAGAAGAGUGCAGGAGGUUAGGGGAGGUGGGGAGGGUGGUGCGGACGACGGGGAGGGAGGAAGCGUUGGGGUAAAUGUGGAGGGGGGAGGGGGGGAGGUAGGAGGAGACAGAGCAGGAGAGGGAGGGGGGGAGGUAGGAGAAGUGGUGGGAGAAGUAACUGGGGAGAAAGCGGGAGGGGGAGGUUCAACCGGAGAGAUAGCGCGAGGGGAAGAGGUUACGACUCUUGAAGACCCUUCUGUACCUAAUCCAGAAGUUGGCCCGGCUGAAGCUUCCGCUGACGUGUCAUCUGACGUGGACGACACCAGUGCUGACGUGGAUGGUCCCACCGCUGAUGUGAACGACCCCACUUCUGAGGUGGACAGCAACAGUGACACCAUAGAGCCAGCAGAUACCGAGGGGCAGAAACGCACCCCAU